AUGACCACCGCCAUCCUCCUCCUUCUCCUGCUCCUGUUCCGCCAGCUGCUGACAACGGCAGAUGGCAUGCAGAAGAUCAUGCCGAGAACAGCGUUCAGCGGCAAGGUCUCCAACAGGUUCUGUGGCCUUGAUGAGAACGGCGAGUGCCAAUAUGGUCCGUAUCUGCAAUCGCUGGGACUGCUCAUCAUCCCGCCGGUCGUCUUUGCCGUCCUCUCGCUCCUUGUUCCAUGCGCCUUCUUCCUCCCGCGGCUGGUCCUGGGCUUCUGGGGCGGCCGCUCGCCAUCGCACGGCUGGUUCAAGCCGGUUGUGCGUGAGACGCAGUUUCCUGGCUACUCGCGGACGAGCAUCGUCCGGACCAAGGCGCUGUAUGUGGGCAUUGCUGGGACCAUGAUCGGCGUUGUUGUUGCCGGCAUGCUCGGCAACAUGCUCGUCUCGUCGGCAACGUCAACAUUUGUGGACACUGUCCUCGAGUCAGCCAUCGAUGUGGUGACGACUGCUGAGCGGGUGGUGGCAGAGAUGGCCGGCGUGGUGUACACGCCGGCCGGCUUCCAGACCCGGGUCCAGCCUGCGCUCGACGCCGCGGCCGCGGUUCUCGACUCGGGCCAGACCAUGCGCGACACAGUUCAGACGUACUCUGCCAUCCGGCUGUUUGUCAUGUACGGCUUUUUGGGCGUCCCGCUCAUCUUUGCCGCCGUCGGCCUCGCCGGGCCGCUGCUCAACGCCCGCAAACUUGCCUUUGGCUGCUCCAUGUCCGCCACAUGUAUCAUGUUCCUCACCUGGUCCAUCUUUGCCAUCCACGUCCUCCUCAUUGUGCUCUUCUCUGACCUCUGUGUCGAGAUUGACGAGCUGCGUGCCGUCGACUCGUCAGCCAUCUCCAACGCCACUGUCCUCAACAAGCUUCUCGGCUGCGGCGCAACCAACUCAUCGUUUGACUCGCUGGUGGCCGAAGCCGAGGCUGGCCUCACUGCUGCUGCCGCCGCCGCCUGCUCCGCCCAUGCUCUCCUCUGUACUGAACAGUACCAAGUAUGUCCACCGACGCCAUGCUCGAUCGCCACCAUCGAGUCGCUACUCCUCGCCGACGUCCUCGACUUUGAGCUUGGCUGCUACUCGGCGCCGAAUCCGGUCUGCACUCCGGGCGGCGGCGCAGCCUCGGGCUGCCCUUCCCAGCUUGUUGGUCCGUGUGAUGCCGCGCCGAUGACCAUUCGCACCUGCGCCGAGUCGUGCCGUCCUGCAGGCUCCAAGGCGGCAGCGGCGGCUUUUGUCUCGGCCGCAGACGCCGUCGCUGUCUACCAGCGCCUCUUGUUUGCCGACAUCAAACCGCUGCAAGAGUGCUCGUUUGUAACGCAGCUCUUUACCUCGGUCCAGGACACGGUGUGCGUCGAUAUGCUCGGUGGCCUCGAUGCGCUUGGCACCACGCUCGCUGCCGAGGCCGUUCUUGUCGCUGUCCUCAUGGUACUCCUGAUCCUCGGCCUCAAGCGGUUCCGGUCCCUCGCCGACGCCCGACUGCUUCCGCUCGAUGGUGGAGACGAGCUUGCCGUCGUCGAGCAUGGCACUGACAAGUCGCUGAACGACGAGCCACGUGGCUCCGAGGCUGACGGCAGCGAGACAGUCGAUACUGCUGUUGCCACCGCGACCAUUGCAGGCCGCAGCCACAAACGCAAGCACAAGUCGAGCAAAGCGAAGAGCAAGGGCAAGGGCAAGGGCAAAGGCAAGGGCAAGCCGGUAUCGCGGCGCGACCGUCCGCGGCCCGGUACCACCGGCAUGCCGUUCUUGGUCUCGUCCUACUCGAGCGACGCCGGCGAUGCCGACAUCCAUGUUACGGUCCUCGCCCGCGACGAUCCUGUCCGCGAGUUUGUCAACGAGGGCAAGACCGACAAAAAGGCGGCAGCGCGGCUCCGCGGCAAACAGGUCCGGUCGGCGCCGCAGCAGGCGUACGUCAUUCCAUCGCCCAAGAAGCAACUGGAGCUCGAGGCCCGCGCCAAGCAGCAGCAGCUGGUGGCGCAGCAGUUCCAAGCGCGGGCGGCGUCGCUGCAGGUGCAGGCCACUGCCCUCCAACGCCGGCAGGCGCAGCUCACCGCCGCCGCUCGUGGCCCAGUCCUUGUCGCCCCGGGCGCGGCGCCGAUGCAGAUGUCCCACCACCCGCACUACCCGCAGCCGCCGGCCGAGUUUACCAUGACGGACAUGUCGAGCGCGCCGCAGCUCCGCUCGCUCGCCGAGGCGACCAACGCCGCGUAUCCGCUCGCUGGUCAGCAAGCGCUCCCGCCGGCCGCCUCGUACUCGGGCGGCAUGUACCCGAUUGCUGGCCAGCAAGCGCUCCCGCCGGCGGCUACCAACUCGGGCGCGUACACUCUCGCGCCGCACCCAUCGCAUCUCGCCCAGCCGCCGGCGGCUUCCAACUCGGGCGGCAUGUACUCGAUCGCCGGCCAGCAAGCGCUCCCGCCGGCGGCUACCAACUCGGGCGCGUACACUCUCGCGCCGCACCCAUCGCAUCUCGCCCAGCCGCCGGCGGCUUCCAACUCGGGCGGCAUGUACUCGAUCGCCGGCCAGCAAGCGCUCCCGCCGGCGGCUACCAACUCGGGCGCGUACACUCUCGCGCCGCGCCCAUCGCAUCUCGCGCAGCCACCGCAGGCUUCCAACUCGGGCGGUGCGUUCUUCUACGAGGAGGAGAUGUAG